AUGUUAAAAACUCCACUCCCAGAUAUUUCUACACUUUCUAUUUCGUCUAUUGCAGACUACUAUAAUUUCGAAUUCCCGGGCAAAAGUGCUCAAAAGGAACAAGUUGUUGAUCUCUUAGAUCAACAAGGUUUUAUCCCAGAUACCCUCUUGGAAAAUGAAGUAGACUGGUUCUACGAAGGUUUGGGUAUCGAUGAUUAUUUCUUCUCGAAAGAAGUACCAGAAACCAUAGCUAACGUUAUUUCCACCCUUUAUGCUUCCAAGGUGGAAUCGUUUGCUCAAAACCAUCAAAAAUUGCAGGUGGAAAAGGCAAUCAUUAACGAUUCCCAUGCAAUGUUUUUGGAUACAAACCACCACCUAGAUACUGAAAUCGAUUCCAAAUUUCUAGAUAGUGAGGAGCAUCACUACCGUUUAAUUUCGUUCUUGGCAGAAAACUCUUUGAAGCUAUCGUUUGUGUAUCAGAAUGAAUACCCAACUGGGAACGCUUCUUCCAUAGAAUUGACCGAUGAACAAUUAACUUCGGGUGAUAUUGAUAGCAUCAGUGAUGUUACCAUGAUUACAAUGACUUCUCAAGAAAAUAAGAAAUUAUACGGUCAAUUGAUCCAUCAUGUAUCCCAACGUGAGGGUCCAGUGAUCAAGACGUUUAAUUCUGUCGCCAAUGCCAAUGAGGUCAGAAUGUGCAUCGCAUUCAAAAGAUCCUCCACCAAAGGUUACUACUCUGCUCUUUCGAGCUUAUUGAAUUAUUACCAACUAAAACACUCUAAGCUUUAUGUGGAUACUUUUGCCAACGACGUUUCUAUUAUUUCCAUUUACUUAGAUAAGUCCCAACAAGAUCAUGACAUCUUGAAAGAAUUGGGAUUGUCGUUGUUACAAGUGGAAAGAGAAGCCUCUUUAUUAUAUGCAAUUCCUCAAAACUCGUUCAAAGACUUGUAUCAAUCCAGACAAUUCUCUCCACAAGAAUCCAUCUAUGCGCAUAUCGGUUCCAUCUUCAUCAACCAUUUCAUUAACCGUCUUGGUUCCAGUUACGAUUCUUUAAUCAGGCAAUUAAACGUAAAACCAGAUGAUACUUUGUUGAACGAACUCUUAGCUAAUUUGAAGCGUAAGUUGAGAACUGAAACUUACACUCAACAAAUGAUCAUACACGUCCUUCACAAGUACAAGGAAAUUGUAUCAAAGUUAUACAAAUCGUUUGCUCAAGUCCAUUAUCCUACAAAGACUUCUGCUACUGGGUCUGGUAACCAAAAAUUGCAAAUGACUUUGUCAUAUCAACGUCUAUCUCAAUUAGAACCAUUCCAAAGUGAGGAAGAAUUCAACUUGUAUUUGAACAAGGUCUUCCCCAACGAUUCUCCAGACCUAUUGAUCUUGAGAACCUUAAACUUGUUCAACAAGUCUAUCUUGAAGACUAAUUUCUUCAUCACCAGAAAAGUGGCCAUUUCUUUCAAGUUGGACCCUGCUUUAAUUUUACCAAAGAGUGAAUACCCAGAAACUCCAUACGGUAUCUUCUUUGUCGUCGGCAACACGUUCAAGGCUUUCCAUAUCAGAUUCAGAGACAUCUCCCGUGGUGGUAUUAGAAUCGUAGUUUCAAGAUCCCAAGAUGUUUAUGACAAAAACUCCAAGAGUGUUAUCGAUGAGAAUUACGGUUUGGCUUCAACACAACAGAAGAAGAACAAGGAUAUUCCAGAAGGUGGGUCCAAGGGUGUUAUUCUGUUGAAUCCAGGUUUGACUUCUUCAAAGGAUACUUUCAACGCCUUCUCUCAAUAUGUGGAUUCUGUCAUCGACAUCUUAAUCAAGGAUCCAUUAAAGGAAAACUAUGUGGAUUUAUAUGGCAAAGAAGAAAUUUUAUUCUUUGGUCCUGACGAAGGUACUGCAGGUUUCACCAAUUGGGCUACUUUGCACGCUAAGAGACGUGGUUGCCCAUGGUGGAAGUCCUUCUUGACUGGUAAGACCAGUUCCUUAGGUGGUAUUCCACACGAUGAAUAUGGUAUGACCUCUUUAAGUGUCAGAUCUUAUGUCAAUGCUCUAGCAGAUCACGCAGGCUUCCAAAAUGAAAAGACUUACAAGUUCCAAACCGGUGGUCCAGAUGGUGAUUUGGGUUCCAAUGAAAUUUUACUAUCCACUGAGAAUGAAGCAUACGUGGGGUUGGUUGACGGUUCUGGUGUCUUGUGUGAUCCAGAAGGAUUAGACAAACAUGAGUUGAUUAACUUGGCCAAGCAAAGAGUCAUGGUUUCAAGUUACGACAAAUCUAAACUUUCCAAGAAAGGUUUCUUUGUCUCUGUCGAUGAUAUCGACGUCAUGCUACCUAAUGGUGUCCUUGUCGCAAAUGGUACUACUUUCCGUAACACUUUCCAUUAUGAAGUUUUCAAGUUUGUUAACCAUAUUGACCUAUUUGUGCCAUGUGGUGGUAGACCAAAUUCCAUUGAUUUGAACAACUUGCACUAUUUCAUCAACAAAGAAAACAAUAAGAGUAAGAUUCCAUACAUUGUUGAAGGUGCGAACUUAUUCAUUUCUCAACCAGCCAAGUUGGAAUUGGAAAGACAUGGUGCUAUUUUGAUUAAGGAUGCCUCUGCUAAUAAGGGUGGUGUUACGUCGUCAUCUAUGGAAGUUUUGGCUGCUUUAUCGUUGAACGACGAAGAUUUCGUCGGCAAAUUUGUCAGUACUGAUGGUAAGACUAAUACUGAACUGUAUAAAUCUUAUGUGAAACAAAUUCAAGAAAAGAUUCAGUUCAAUGCUAGACAAGAAUUUGGUCAAUUAUGGAAAUUAAACAAAGCUACUGGUUUACCAAUGUCUCAUUUAUCCAAUGUGAUCUCGGAAACCAUCAACAAAUUGAAUGAUGAUUUAAUUGAAUCAGAUGAAUUAUGGUCUAACGAUUUGAAGUUGAGAAACUAUUUGCUAUUAAACAAGAUCAUUCCUAAGUUGUUAACCGACGUUGCUGGGCCAGAGCAAAUUUUGAAACAAAUUCCAGACUCCUAUUUAAAGGCUUUGUUAUCCAGUUAUUUGUCCAGUCACUUCGUCUAUGAGUUUGGUACUGAUGUCAAUAUGGGUAAAUUCUUGGAAUACAUUGGUAACCUUAAGAGAGAAGCAAGCGAUUUGGAAAUCGUUUGA